GGCAAGUAAGGUUAUUGUUGAAGACUUAGCACACAGUUUACACAGCCCCUUAGACCCAAAUAAAAGACCAAUUUUAUGUUAUCUCAGUUUAUAAUUUAUACUCAUCAUCAGCAACAAUGGAAAAUGAAUAAUAGCCUUCUCUGAACCAGACCACCUACCAAAGAAAAUGAAGUCUCUUCAUUUUUGUUUGCUCUUUAUGAUCGUAUCUUUUACAGUUUCGAGACCCGUCGAAGCUCAAGAUCAAGCAGGAUUCAUCAGCUUGGAUUGUGGGUUGGUGCCUAAGGAAACCACUUAUGUGGAAACGUCGACGAAUAUAACAUACAAAUCAGACGCAAAUUACACCGACAGCGGAUUGGUCGGGAAGAUCAAUGAUGCACACAAGACACUGGUUCAACAACCGCUUUGGGCCUUGAGAAGCUUCCCUGAGGGUGAAAGAAACUGUUACAACUUCAACCUUACCGUGAACAGCACAUAUUUGAUCAGAGGAACUUUUUUGUAUGGGAAUUAUGACGGCUUGAAUCAAUCCCCAAGCUUUGACCUUCACAUUGGUGCUAGCAAAUGGACCUCUGUUAACAUAGUAGGAGUAACAGAUACCGUAAUGCCCGAGAUAAUCCAUGUCUUAACACAAAAACGUCUUCAAGUCUGUCUUGUUAAGACAGGAAAGACGACACCGUUCAUUUCGUCAUUGGAAUUGCGUCCGUUGAUAAAUAACAUUUACAUCGCGGAAAGUGGAUCAAUGGUCUUGCAAAAUAGAGUAUAUUUUCCAUCUGAUUCAACAUCUAUCGUCAGGUACGAUGAGGACAUACACGACCGAGUAUGGAAUCCAGUUUCAGAUGAUGAUUCCUCAUCGAUAAGCACGGACCUCCAGGUCCAAACAAAUAACUUAUAUGACGUGCCUCAAUUCGUAAUGAAGACUGCUGCUAUCCCUAAAGAUGCUAGUGCGCCAUGGAGCUUAGUGUGGACUAUAGAUAACACCACUGCUCUGUCAUAUGUAUAUAUGCAUUUCGCAGAAAUUCAGGAUUUAAAAGCCAAUGACCUUAGAGAAUUCGACAUUACUUACAAUGGUGGCAAGCUUUGGUUUUCCCAGUUUAGGCCUAACAAACUCAGCAUUCUAACGAUGUUCAGUCAAGUCCCCUUGACUUCAUCAAAUGGCGAGUAUAAUUUCACUUUCGAAAUGACUAGUAACUCAACUCUUCCACCCCUUAUCAACGCCCUCGAGAUAUAUACAGGUCUAGAAAUUCUACAGCUUCAGACAGACAAGGAUGAAGUUUCUGCUAUGAUGAACAUCAAAACGACUUAUGAUUUGAGCAAAAAGAUAAGCUGGCAGGGAGAUCCAUGUGCUCCUCAGCUGUAUCGGUGGGAAGGUCUAGAUUGUAGUUAUCCGGACACCGAGGCAUCACGGAUUAUAUCCUUGAACUUGAAUGCGAGCGGGUUGAACGGUACCAUAACAUCUGACAUAACCAAGCUAACACAGUUGAGCGAGCUAGAUUUAUCAAAUAAUGAUUUAUCAGGAGAGAUUCCGGAAUUUUUUACGGAUAUGAAGUUGUUGAAACUCAUAAACUUAAGCGGAAAUCCGAAGCUCAAUCUCACAGUUCCAGACUCUCUUCAGCAAAGGGUAAACAACAAAUCUUUAACACUAAUUUUGGGUGAAAAGGUUAAAAUGAAUCCCACAGCCAAAAAAGAGAGUAAAAAGGUUCCCAUAGUUCCUAUCGCAGCAUCAGUGGCUGGCGUGUUUGCUCUGAUAGUUAUAUUGGCCAUCUUUUUCAUUGUUAAAGGAAAAAAAGGGAAAAGUGCUGAAGGACCACCCUUAUCAGUCACUAGUGGUACAGCUAAAAGUGAGACAAGAUCAUCCAAUCCAUCAAUCAUGAGAAAAGAUCGCAAGAUCACAUAUCCUCAGGUAUUGAAGAUGACUAAUAACUUCGAGAGAGUUCUUGGUAAAGGAGGGUUUGGAACAGUAUAUCAUGGAAACAUGGAAGAUGCUCAAGUAGCUGUGAAAAUGCUCUCGCACUCAUCGGCUCAAGGUUAUAAAGAGUUCAAAGCAGAGGUUGAACUUCUUUUAAGAGUUCACCACAGACAUUUGGUGGGACUUGUGGGUUACUGUGAUGAUGGAGAUAACUUGGCUCUGAUUUAUGAAUAUAUGGCAAAUGGAGACCUGAGGGAGAAUAUGUUAGGAAAACGUGGAGGCAAUGUCCUUACCUGGGAAAACAGGAUGCAAAUAGCUGUAGAGGCUGCACAAGGACUGGAGUAUCUGCACAAUGGAUGUACGCCUCCAAUGGUCCAUAGAGAUGUUAAAACUACUAACAUCUUAUUGAAUGCACAGUGUGGAGCGAAACUAGCCGACUUUGGGCUCUCUAGAUCUUUUCCAAUCGAUGGUGAAUGUCAUGUCUCAACAGUCGUUGCGGGUACACCUGGGUACCUAGACCCUGAGUAUUACAGAACAAACUGGCUAAGCGAGAAGAGUGACGUGUACAGCUUCGGUGUAGUGCUAUUAGAGAUAGUCACAAACCAGCCUGUUAUAAAUCAAACAAGAGAGAGACCUCACAUCAAUGAAUGGGUUGGCUUCAUGCUCAGUAAAGGAGACAUCAAGAGCAUCGUCGACCCAAAACUGAUGGGGGACUAUGACACAAACGGUGCAUGGAAGAUUGUGGAGCUGGGUCUUGCCUGUGUGAACCCGUCUUCGAACCUAAGACCAACAAUGGCACACGUUGUGAUUGAGCUAAACGAGUGUGUGGCCUUUGAAAAUGCAAGGCGACAAGGUAGUGAAGAGAUGUACACAAGAAGUUCUACUAACUUUAGUCACACGUCUGCUUCCGAAUUUUCCCCCGGGGCAAGAUAAAUAUAAAAAUACCUAUGAUGUGAUUUCAUGGAAAGCUAUCUUAUUUCCUUUUUUUUUUUUUUAAUUUCCCUUGCGAAUUUCCCAAUGUAAGUUUUGAAGAAGCAAUGAACAUUCUAUAAUCUCCUUCGUGUAAAAACUAUUUGUACUCUUACUUAUAUAUUUCAAUUUUGCGAUGACUGGU